AAAUCUUUCUUAUCGGGGCAAAAAGUCUUACAAUCUACUCUCUAACUUUUUCAACGGCAUUGGGCUGUCCGGAUGAUGUAAAGCGGAUUGGCAAAGUAUCCUUUUUCAGAUACAUGUAUUAUAUUCAAAACAAUCAUGCUUGUUCCCGUGUCAUUCUGCAGAAUGACAAGGACAGUGACGUCAUUGUGUACCCUCAAUUUGUCAUCAGAAAAUUUAUGCUAUGAACCAUAACUACUUUAGCAAAACACAUUUUGUAAUAUUCCGAGGGAAUACCACAGGAGGUGUAUAUUGUGACCAGCAUCUCAAGCUGACAUAUAUACCGUAUACUAGUAUAUCAAAAGCAACUUCAUGCACCGUUAAAAUAAAAUGUAUCACACCAGUCUGAUUCUUCAGAUCCACCACCGACGUAUAUAUAUCACGUUUUUGAUAAAAUGGAACGAUUUUUUCUUCAGAGUUUGACCCAGCAACAGAUGGUCGAUGAUUUGGAGCGUAUGGACUAAAGCAUUUGACAAAGGCAUUUGAUGGACCUAUUAUAUACGCUCGUGCGUGGAUACAAAAAUGGAUUGCUUGCAUUAGCGAGAAGAAUAUUUGAGAAUUCUUUACUUGACCAACAUUUUCCUUGACAUCGAUAUGCAGUUGUGAAAGGUUGCAUUGACGUACCCAAGACGUACCCAAGAGAAAGUACGCAAUUCAAAAGCAUAAUGGGUACACAAAAGAAGCAAAUAUUGGCUUACUGUGCCCUGGAAUGUGGAUUUUCUUUGCUGAGCAGUGCUUACAAUUUCUACUACGUUAAAGUAUUUCUGAACUUCUACCACAUCGAGGAGUCCUGGUUCCAGUUUUCGCAAGUCUUGUUUAUGGUAUGGAAUGCCGUCAACGAUCCUCUGUUUGCAUAUUGCUCUGACAAUAAAAACUUUAAAAUCCUGAGAACUCGGCGUGCCAUGAUUCUGUACUCGGCUCCAUUUUUCUGUCUCUCCUUCCUUGUCCCGUGGUUCCAGUGGAGUACAAAUCCAGCGAUUGUAGGCAUCCAUCUUAUAUUUGCGUUGUGCUUAUGGGAUACACUCUUUACGUUUAUUGGUUUGGCAAUGUGCUGUCUUUUCACAGAGAUCUCAAAAGACACAAACAUCAGAAUAACAAUAACUCGUGCUGCACAGGUUGCGGCAUUGUUUGGUUCUAUCAGCGUGAUGUUGCUAGAGCAUGCUUCUAAUGGUUUGCAGGACUUUAAAGCAUUUCAGGUCACAACAGUACUUAUAGCACUACUUAGCUGGUGUUUGAUGUAUUACUGUGGUAAGAACUGCCAUACUCAGUACGAUCUGCAACAAAUGCAAGAUGAAAACAAAGAAGCAGACGACGUUUGUCACGAAAAAUCCGAGGGCGAGUCUUACUUGAAACAGACGUGGCAGAUCGUCAGUGACACCAACUUCUUGUCGUUUGUCAUCACCAACUUCUUUCAGGAGUUUCAUCGUACAUUUCUUUACAAUUUUUUGGCCAUCUUUUGUGAUCAUUUAAUUUCCUCAGAUAAAAUUAGCCCGUCUACUCGGAGCACUUUCUAUGGUUUUGUUCCUUUUGCAUCAAAGAUUCUUGUGAUUUCGACAGCUCCUAUACUUCGGCAAAUUCCUUAUAAGAAAGUCAUUCGAACCAAUUUUAUUUGGAAGAUAUGUGGAGGUUUUUUCAUAUAUUACAUAAUAGGAAGCACAUAUCCGUGGAUAUUGAUAUUAUUUUUUUUUCUUGACGGGUGUUUUGCUAAUGGUACAUAUUCCUUGUUCAAUAUUCCUUUGUCGGACAUCGCUGAUGACAACAUGAGGAAAUACAACAGAAAACACCCAAUAUCAUCUAUGGUGUACGGAACUAACGCUCUAUUCGUGAAGCCUGCUAUCUCUUUGUCUCCCAUGUUGGCAGUGGCCAUACUGAACAGAUACGGAUACAGUUAUAUACAGCAUUCCAAAAACAGUCCUGUCAGACCCACAGCAAGCACUCCGUCCCCCGACCAACUGAAGGACCUGAAGGAUGCUAUGUUCUUCUUGGUGUGUUGGUAUCCAAUCAUUAUUGGAACCAUACAGUUAAUAAGUUGGUCGUAUUACAAAAUAACCAACAGAACUGAAAUGGAAAUUAAAGUGUCUUUAAAUCCUUGAUAUGUUAGUGUAAUAAGUCAGGUUUUUUUUAUGGUUUAACAUAUGAACAUAUCAUAUACAAUGCACAGGUAUAUUGGGUAAAAAAAAUCUGGUAUUUUUAGCUUGGAAUGUGAGUUCAUUCUGGGUUUUUUUGUAUGUGAAAAUGUGGCGUUAUUUACAUAUUAAUCUACAUGUACAUGUAAUACAUGUAGAUACUUGUAUAACAAUUAAUAAGUUAUUAACAUAUUAAUACUAUUUGUUACGUGUAUAACAAUGUAAAACAUAACACAUGUACCAAAAUCCUUAUUUGGUAGAAGUUUAAUUUAUUUUUGGAAAAGAAUGUAAAAGUUAUGCAGAAUUCAAGCCUUAAAAUUUGCACUUUGGCUAGGUAUGGCAAGAUUAAAGUAAGCAUAAGUAAAAAGGUGAUUAAAUGUUAUUUCAGAUUUUGAAAAUCUUAAUUCUUCAUCCAGUGUUCUAACGGCCUGUUUAUUUGUCACAUUAUCCUGAGUAUUUAAAUUAUAUUAAGCUCUAUACAUGUGUAUUAUUUCUUGAAAAAUGAAAUUUAAUGUUUUACAAAAUAAUAUUUCGAAUGCACUGCGGAUAUAUAUAGUUCCAAACUUUUUUAAAUAGUGCACACCCUCAUAAAAAUUGAAAUAUUACGAAGGUUCUUGAAAUUGCAUUUUUUUUUAUUUGUAUGCAAACACCAGUUUGAAUCAUCAUCCAUCGCUGAUCGUCUUACGCUGUUGAGUUAUCUAUCCGAUAUGUAUAAUUAAGAUGAGAACUUGAUCGGAUGUACGUUAUAAAUUUAAAUUGAUUGAGUGAUGUCUAUAAAUACAUUUUAUAUAUAAAAUCGUAAUUCCCAUCACGUGAGCCAUCAGAUUUUGGUAAGUAACUAAAAAAUAAUGCAGCUUGAAAUAUUUUCUUCACUCAGACUUGUAUAGUUUGUAUUUAGCAAAAAUGUUAAUUGGGGACUGUGGAUCAAAAUUAUGGCAAACAUUAAGAAUGCUUUUAUUUUUUCAAUGUAAUAAUGAACUAUUGAUGUGUAAUUCGUUCUGCUUUCUAAGUUUUGGGAUUACAAUAUAUAUUGCUUCUUACAUUUUUGAGAUCUUAAGUAAUUUGUAUUUUUUUCUCGUUUGCCUCUUACUGCCAAUUUCAGGUUCAUUCAAAGUCUAGUAAAAAUAUUGCACAAGGGACAGUAAGACAUCAUACAUUAUAUACUAUAGUCAGUUUUUCAUUAUUAAGUCUAGGGUUUUUUGCCAUCAGGUCUGAAAAUUUAACGACGGUUUCUAGAAUAGUAUUAUUUAUCGUGGAUUACUUUCCUUUUUUGGAGAAUAAGGCGUCCUAGGUAAAUUCUAAUUAUCUUCAAGAAAGGUGCGAAAGAAAUCAGUGGAAGAACAUUGUCUUCAACCUUUUAGCAUCUUCACAAUGUUAAGGCCUAUAAUGUUGCGUUCCUCUCAUGUUAAUAUGGGAAACAUUUUACAAAGAGCUUUGACAUUGUGAGCUGUCAUUUAUGAUCGAAAAUCUUUUAUACUGAUUUCGCUCCAUUGUUGUGUUCGUUUUAUUUCAUUUUAUUUAUUAUAGCGAUUGAAAGACUACUCUACACGGAUGGGAUCAUCAAUGUUCGUGAUUGUCCUGUUAUAACAGUCAAUAAUUCUUAUGGCGAUCGCGAUGUGUAAUAAUAAGUGGUACAAAUGAUGUGUCAUAUUGAAUACAUUUGUUUACAUUUUUGAUUAAUAGAUAUAUUAUUAUACAGCAUUAAAUUUUUAUACAUUUUUUAUCAAUAGAUAUAUUAUAUUGCAAUAUUGAAUUUUUAUACAUUUUUAAUCAACAGAUAUAUUAUUAUGCAAAAGAUAUC